AUAUGGUUGACCUUGCACUGUUGCAGGCCCGACGAGAGUCGCCAGACCAUCAAUAUAUGGCAUCAUGGUGUUUCCUCCCUUGUACCUAAAAGUUAAGUGGCACCAUCUCUCCAGGACUCUUUGUUGGCCGGUGUAGGUGGUCAUGAGUUCUAGCAUUGCACAAACUCCCAGUGCGCGAUGACCCGUCCAGCCUUGCUCGUCCUUCUUUUUCUCCUCUUUACUCCACUGGCAUCAAGCUCUCCCCCAAGCUCUCCUUCCGAAACCCAUCAGGGUUCAGCUGUGAACCAGCUUGCAAAACAGGGUUUGUCAGAGGGUUUGUCAGAAACCAAGUUAGCAGACUUGAUUGACCCAAGGUGGCAGGCCGCUGCAAAGAAAUGGGGGGCAUGGGCGCAAGUUGAAGCCCAGACUUGGGGGAGCAAAGUGGGGGAGUGGGGCCAGGCUGGGGCUGAGAAGCUCAAGGCUUCGGAGCUGGGAAAGGGGUUCCAAAACCUGCCGGGGGUUUGGCACGCCUCGGUGGCGGCAGUCGAGAAGGUUCUUCCAGAAAGAGGGAGAGGACGAGGGGCAGAGGACGAGGUGACAAGGCCCAGUGAAAAUUUUGAGGUAAAGGAGCGCGAAACGCUUGAGAAAACAGGUCUGGAGAUCUGUGAGGCGUCUAGCGAAGGGGGACAAGCUGCAAAAGGGGUGGCCGUACCGGAAGGGGACGCCAACGUUGAAGUGGAUGUUGGCACGGCAGGGCGGGGGAGCAACAAUAGGAAGAAUGAGCGGGGUCGUCUUUCCAAACAGAGCCCUGGAAAAGCACCUGCAGUUCAGCACUCUUCGGACGGCUUCGGCGGAUCGAUAGCAGGGGUGAGGGUGCGAGAAGAUGAAAUGAACGGGAGGGAAGCACGGGCAAAGCCGGCAGUUCUGAAGGACGAGAGAGUGGCCUGGGGUGCGCAGUCGGGCUUAGCAGCGGGUCUAGGCCGCGAUGCAGAGACUGAGCAGAUCAAGGGGAAGCAUUCAGAGGGCACAUCCUCUUGGAAGGAAAUGGAGCUGGAGUCUCCCCCACUUCAGCCGAGGGGGAUCCCCUCAAAAAACGCACCCCUAGGUGAGGUCACCGAGGUCUUUGUUGGAUCAGGCGAUCCUAAGGGGGGACAAGGAGGCAAAGUUGCAAGAUGGAUAAGUGUAGGUGCUCGAGAUGCCCAAAUCAAUAAGGGGGGUGUAGACGGCGGUGAGCCCGGACGGCUGCCGGCUGUUCGAACCGUCGAGGCGCGGUCCAUCGUCGAGUUCGAGGAGUGGUUGCAGCGGGAAAGGUUGCGGAAAGCGUCGCUAGAUGAGUCGCCAGAAGCGGCGAAAACCUCAACUCCUGAUGAGAGAUUAGAAGAGAAGAAAAGGGAGGGGUUUGAUGUAGUCGUUCUGCUUGUAGGGGGCCUGUGUCUGGCGUCUGUGUUUGGGGUUGUGAGAAUGCUCAAUCGGAGCUUUCGGUGGGUCGCUGGCUGUGUGCGGAAAAGUUCUGACACCAGCCAAGGUGAGGCAAUCCCAGCGCUGGUCCGCAAGGAGGGCUUGGUGUCAGGGGACGGAGAGAAUGUUAUGGUGAGUGUUGAGACCGGAUUAGUGGAAACGAAUGAGGGGAACAAGGAUCGUUUGGGGCAGCAGCUGGGGGCGGCGCUGGGAUCAGCGACUGGCAGCCUUAUGGCAGAGGCGCUGCGUCCGCUGUCCGACCCGGCGGUCCUGCCCUUGACUCCCGAGGAGCUAGCGCAGAAGCUGGAGGCCGUGUGUACGUCAGCCCUAAGUAUCCACGUGGGCGACUUUGCAACGGACGCUCUGAUCACCGAGCUCGUCCGCUCCUUCUCGCGGACCUACCGGACGCUGACGGCCCUCCACUCGUCCACCCCGGGGGGCAGCCGCCCCCGCACGCCACUCGUUUCCGGGCGACCACACAAACCUAGCGGCCAGUCUCCGCGGUCGCCUUUAGACAGGGAGGGCCCCAGCGAGCACGACGCGUCGCUCUCGGACGAAGACCGAACGGUGCCGGAGUGUGACUCUAGCAGUAAGCCGGGGGUGUUGGUUACCGAGGAGAUUCUGCGGAUUGGGCGGGAGUAUGGGGCGAAUGAUUCGAGCUCGGAAGAAGAGGAGAGCGCUGAAGUGUCUGUGACGAGGAACUACACGGUGGAUCUGGAACCGGGGGAAAGUCGGUUGUCCGGAGCGGAAAGCUUUCCGCCGGAGCUGCGGGAAGGAUCUGUUGAAGAUGUCAUGACUAUGGGGGAAGCGGCAAGUGCGCCUUCGCAGGCGUUUGGUGCCGUCAGUGGCGGUCGGGGGGAAACGGCAUCCGCUAGUGGCGCCCUGGAGAGUGACCCCCCGAAGGGAGAAAGCAGCGACCCGUGCGUCCACCCCCCGAAAGAAGUUUCGAGCGGUUUGUUUACCAGAUUCGUCGAUGAGGGGGGAGAGACACAGUCUGCAGGACCCGUGAUGAAUGCGGGCUUGCACGAGGGGGAGGUGGAUGUCCACGAGCGGUGGAGUUUCGCCGGCAGUACGGCGAGGCACCGGAAAACGAGGCGGCGAAGGGGGGCAGAGAACGGCGUCGGGCGGCAGCUCCUUUUCGGGGGGGUGUCCGAAGCGUCCGAAACGGGGGGGGUGCUGACACUGCGUUCCCACGGGGGCGUCAGCCUGCAGAGUGCAUAUGUCGAGAGGGCUCGUUCCGUCUCCGUUGGGAGCCGUUCCGUGGAGAUGGAGCUGGCGGAACGGUCGGUCGCGGCGCAGGAGCAGGCGGUGGUGAAUCAGUUGGUGGCGAACCGACUGAAAAUGAGGGAGCUCGAACUGCAGAAUCAGCAACUGGGGCUUACUACCGAGGGCUUGGCUCUGACAUCCGAGGGGUUAGCUUUGAAAACCGAGGGUUUAGGUCUGAAGUCGGAGAGCAACUUCGUCGGGCGUCAGAGGAACGAACUAGAGCGCGAAAAAGUGCGCAUGCACGCCGCUCGCCAUGCAGAGGCGCGUGCGGGCGCGUUCGCGCGGCGGUGUGCCGAUGAGCUUGUCGCGGGGUUGGUGGUCAUGGUUACGGCCCUGGUUUGGGCGGGUUUCCGCUACGGUUACCCUAACCUCCGGGCGAAGUUGCACGAGUGCCGAGCGGUCCAGGUCGCACCCUCCCGGUCGCUGUUUGGCCGGUUUGGGUUGCAGGCGGUUAGCGAUAACUUGGCAGGGAAACUUCAGGUCCUGGGGUGCCAAAUAGCGGUUACUGGGCGGUUAGGGAUGGGGUUAGUCGUGGGCGGAUUCAUGGCCUCGUUGCUGUUGCGGCAGAACGUGGCGGGUUCGGUGCGGGUUAUGCCGUCGACAGUACUGCUGCUGGUGCUGGGGGCGGCGUGCGGGUAUGCUGGAAAACAAGCGGUUGACAGCGUUGGUGGCAGCGGAAUCUGCUGGCUCGUCCUUUGGGAGACUCUGUGCGCACUCCACACGCUCGCGCUGUUCCCGACCGGCUUCGUCUCCUCCCUGCUCUAUCCCCCGGCAGACGCAAGGCAACAAAGGCCACUGUUUGUGAGCCCAUGGGUCGCCCAGCUUACCUUUCAUGCGACUGUAGUGGCGAUUCUUCCUGUAGCGGCAGGUGUAUUGCCUUUCCUUUGGGUCUAG